CCUCAUCACCAACCAGACAUGCGUCCUCCCGUGCUGUUGUUUCUCUUGUUUUGCCUCGGCCUUGCGGUCGCCCAGCACAAUCAACCGUAUCCUACACCGGUACCUAUCUUAAAGCAGAUAAACAAACAUAACGAAGAUGGUAGCUACAGUUACGGCUUCGAGGCGGCGGACGGCUCGUACAAGAUCGAGUCCAAGUAUCCGAACGGUGAGAUUUACGGCAAGUACGGCUUCGUCGACGACACCGGGACUGUGCGCGAGGUCGAGUACGGCGCGUCCAAGGAGCGCGGCUUCGAGCCGGUCGGUCCUGGGAUAAACGUGCCCCCGCCAACCUUGACCGGUAACAGCAUCACCGGCAACGCGAACGAGCCCGAAGACGACGGGCAGUACCGCGAGGAUCCGUCGAUCUAUCACACCGAUCCGCGUUUCACCAACGGGGAACGUUGGGAGGUGCCAGCUAAGUACAGAACGCAACCGAUCGCCUACAAUCCGCCGCAGCAGAUUCAGCAAAUUGCACCAGCUGCUUAUAAUCAACCGAAAUAUAAAGCGCCCAAAGGACAAAGCGUCAAGUAUCGGCCGGCGGCGGUGGGGCCGCGAUUCCAGACGGAAUACCGACCGCAGUAUCGAUCGACAUACGACACGCAGUAUCAAGGUCAGCAGCUGCAACCCGUGUAUCCUUCGUCCGCGAUAUCGGCCGGUCCUCAAGGACAUAUCGCGACCAAUAUCGACGUCAAUGCCGGAUUGGCAUCUUACACGGUUGAUUACAAACGAUAAAGAAAGAGGAAGAUAAGAGAAAGGGAGUCGAGGGAGGGAGUCGCAUAUAUUCCAUGUGUAUAUACAUUAUUUAUAGAUAUUCCGAGAUCGUUGCUCUGAACAUUUAUUUCAUUGCUGCUUGAUAAAACUGGUUAGUGCCGCCGUUGGAAUAUUUUCGACAGCGCACUGAUUUAGUCGUAAUUUAGCGGUAAGUUGCAUCAGUAUAGCUCUCAGUAUCAUUCAAACGGUGUCUACAAUUAGACGUAAGACUUGAGAUUUAAGAAAAUUGCCCAAUCGCAAACGAUUAUUCAUCUCACGUGAGAAGAAUAAUCGAUUGUGAUUGGUCAAUU